UUAUGUAAUUGAGGCGCCUGCAUGUGAGACUGGAAGGAGGGAAUUUAAAGCAACUUUUCUCUUCUGCUCACUCCUUUCCAGCAAGAGGAGAUCCAAGUCUGCAGCUGGAAAUAACAUCAAGGUCCCGAGAAUGAAGAUUGCGGUCAUCGGUCAGAGCCUGUUCGGCCAGGAGGUUUACCAGGAGCUGAGGAAGGACGGCCACACCAUCGUUGGGGUUUUCACUAUCCCAGACAAGGACGGCAAGGCCGACCCGCUGGCCACUGUGGCAGAGAAGGAUGGCGUCCCUGUUUUUAAGUUCCCCCGUUGGCGAGUGAAGGGUCAGGCCAUCCCAGAGGUGGUGGACCGGUACAAGGCUACAGGAGCAGAACUCAACGUCCUGCCCUUCUGCUCCCAGUUCAUCCCCAUGGAGGUCAUUGACCACCCCAAACAUGGCUCCAUUAUCUACCACCCCUCGCUGCUGCCUCGCCACAGGGGAGCCUCGGCAAUCAACUGGACCCUCAUCCACGGAGACAAGAAGGGAGGCUUCACGGUGUUCUGGGCUGAUGAUGGACUUGACACUGGACCGAUUUUGCUGCAGAGAGAGUGUGAUGUUGAACCUAAUGACACGGUCAACACAAUCUACAAGAGAUUUCUCUUCCCAGAGGGCGUCAAAGGCAUGGUCGAAGCGGUCAGGCUGAUCACUGAAGGGAAGGCCCCACGUAUCACACAACCUCAAGAGGGAGCCUCUUACGAGUGCAUUCAGAAGAAAGACAACUCCAAGAUUGACUGGAACCAGUCGGCGGAGGCCAUUCACAACUGGAUCAGAGGAAACGACAAAGUGCCAGGGGCCUGGGCAGAGGUCGACGGAGAGAAAGUGACUUUCUUUGGCUCGACUUUGGUGGACAAUGGCACUGUGGCCAAUGGCCAGCCUCUGGAUAUUCCUGGAGCCAGCCAGCCCGGCAUCGUCACCAAGGCUGGUCUGGUGCUGUUCGGAAAUGACGGCAAGACGCUGCUGGUGAAGAACCUGCAGUUUGAGGAUGGCAAGAUGAUUCCAGCAGCCCAGUACUUCUGCUCCGGGGCCAGCACAGCUGUGGAGCUGACCGAAGAAGAGAAACGCUUUGCUGAGCAGAUGAGGGCGGUAUGGAAGAGUAUCCUGACCAAUGUCAGCCAGAUUGAAGACUCCACAGAUUUCUUCAAGUCUGGUGCAGCUUCGAUGGAUGUGGUCAGGCUUGUUGAGGAAGUGAAGCUUCGUGCCAGCACCUGCCAGCUGCAGAACGAGGAUGUUUACAUGAACACCACCUUCCAGGAUUUCAUCCAGAUGUGUGUCAGGAAACUACGGGGGGAAGAUGGGGAGGAAGAGCUCGUGGUUGACUAUGUGGAAAAGAACAUUAACAACAUGACGGUAAAGAUCCCCCAUCAGCUGUUCAUCAACGGAGAGUUUGUGGAUGCAGAUGGCGGAAAGACCUACAAGACCAUCAACCCCACUGACGGCACAGCCAUCUGUGAAGUGUCUCUGGCCCAGAUCAGUGAUGUGGACAAAGCAGUCGCUGCUGCUAAGGAGGCGUUCGAAUCGGGGGAGUGGGGCAAGAUGAACCCGAGGGACAGAGGAAGACUCAUCUACAAACUGGCAGACCUGAUGGAGGAACACCAGGAUGAGUUAGCUACUAUUGAAGCUAUGGACUCUGGAGCCGUUUACACUCUGGCCCUCAAGACUCACGUGGGCAUGUCCAUCCAGACGUUCCGUUAUUUUGCUGGCUGGUGUGACAAGAUCCAGGGCAGCACCAUUCCCAUCAACCAGGCCAGACCCAAUCGAAAUCUGACUUUCACCAAGAAGGAACCAAUUGGAGUGUGCGCCAUUGUGAUUCCGUGGAACUAUCCGCUGAUGAUGCUGGCAUGGAAGACCGCCGCCUGCCUGGCAGCUGGAAACACCGUCGUCCUCAAACCAGCUCAGGUCACUCCGCUUACAGCGCUCAAGUUUGCUGAACUGGCAGCAAGAGCGGGACUGCCCAAAGGGGUGGUUAACAUUCUCCCUGGAUCAGGCGCUCUGGUGGGCCAACGUUUGUCUGACCAUCCUGACGUGCGAAAGCUGGGCUUCACGGGUUCUACAGAAAUCGGCAAGCACAUCAUGAAGAGCUGUGCAGUCAGUAAUGUCAAGAAGGUUUCCUUGGAGCUGGGAGGAAAAUCCCCUCUCAUCAUCUUCGGUGACUGUGACAUGGACAAGGCUGUCCGCCUGGGCAUGAGCUCCGUGUUCUUCAACAAAGGAGAGAACUGCAUUGCAGCUGGCCGGCUGUUUGUAGAGGAGACCAUCCAUGACCAGUUUUUGAAAAAAGUGGUUGAGGAGGUUAAGAAGAUGAAGAUUGGUGAUCCGUUGGACCGCUCCACAGACCACGGCCCUCAGAAUCACAAAGCCCACCUGGACAAACUCUUGGAGUUUUGUCAGAUUGGCGUAAAGGAGGGAGCCACCCUCGUCUACGGAGGAAAGCAGGUCCAGAGACUCGGUUUUUUCUUUGAGCCCACGGUGUUCACUGAUGUGCAGGACCACAUGUACAUCGCUAAGGAAGAGUCAUUUGGUCCCAUCAUGAUCGUUUCCAAGUUCAAAACAGGAGAGGUGGACGACGUCCUGAGGAGAGCCAAUGCUUCAGAGUACGGACUGGCUUCAGGAGUUUUUACCCGGGACAUCAGCAAAGCUCUGUAUGUGAGCGAGAGGCUCAACGCCGGCACUGUCUUCAUCAACACCUACAACAAAACAGAUGUGGCCGCGCCCUUUGGGGGCUUUAAGCAGUCCGGAUUUGGCAAAGACCUGGGUCAAGAGGCCCUGAAUGAAUACCUGAAGACAAAAGCAGUGACCAUCGAGUAUUAAGUUCCCUUCCAGCAGAGGGCAGCAUCUCUGGAGACAUCUUGGUGGAUGGAUGCAGACCUAAUGAUACUGAUUAUUCUGGUUGUGCCUCAACAAACUGAUCAAGUCCUGUAAAUGUAUCCAAUCAUUUUGGUUGGUGAGGCGUGUUUAUCUAGGAAAAAAGAAAAAAGAAAGAACAAUAGACUAAAAGACAAAUAAAUUUGUCAAAACCAAAGACUGAUUACAGUAAAAAGAGAGAAUAAAACUGGAAGAGUAAUAGUUAGCUAGUAGAAACCUCCUCAUAAUCCCUUAUUUAAAGGUAAAUGAAAGCAAUAAUUAUAAGUUAUAAAUGUAAACACUUUCGAAAAAGUGGAACACUUUGAAUUUGUGUAAUCUUAGUGUUUCUUUGUAUUAUUAAUAUCUUAGGACAAUAAUUGAUGGAUGAUAUAAUAAUAAUAGAAUAAUAAAACAUAUUUCAGGACUUGCCUUUAGAUCAAACAAUAAAUUACUAUGUUUUUUUAAUUAUUAUUUUUCUUGCACUAGUCAGACUUGCUCUGACAUUUACACAGAAAACACCAAACUCUGAAAAUUCAUGAAUAAAUGUAUUGUUAAACCCAGAAAUUACUCAUAAUUGCCAGGGAUAUGAAUAUUUUUGGGUGUAGCUGGUUUUAUAAAGUUCCAGUUUGUUUUCUCCAUGUGACAGGGGAUCCCUCACCGAUUCCUGACAUGCACCGGAAAGAAAAUCCAUACAUACACAAAUAAAAAAUUAUAUUUAACUCAGAAAAAUUGCCAGAAGUGGGAAGAGUGCCCAAAAAUUGUACUCGUGUAAAAGUAGCGCUACUUCAAGUAAAAGUGAAAAGUAACUGUUCAAGUACGAGUAAAAAAAAAAACAUUUGGUAAAAAAUCUGCCCAAGUACUGAAUGAUCACUCAGUUAAUAUUUAAAAAUGACAUUGUGACAUCUACCAACAUAUACAUGUAAGUGGAAAGUUUUGUAUUUUAAGAAUGAAAAUGACAAUAAUACAUAUAAGAAAAAAAUAUGAAAAUCAGUUUCUUAUAAUAAUAAUAAUAAUAAUAAUAAUAAUAAUAAUAAUAAUAAUAAUAAUAAUAAUAAUAAUAAUAAUAAAAACUUCUGAAACUGUAACAAAAACUGCAGCUGUGUGUCUGUGUCUGGUGAUUAAAAAAACUCUUUUUUUU